AUGGAUGAGGAUAGCAUGAAGAAGUUGCACGAAAAUAAGACGGGUGGUGAAGCAGGAAAUGAACAGGCUGAAAAAGCGAAGGAAGCUGCCGAGCGUGAGGAAAAUAUGAAAAACCGCAUUCUUUCACAGGUUCUUGAUCAAAAUGCAAUGGCUCGGCUAAGUAAUUUAUCUGCGGCAAAACCUGAAAAAGCUAGGAUGGUGGAAAAUAUGAUCGUACAAAUGGCAAGAAGAGGACAAAUAGUGGGUAAAAUGAACGAUGAAAAGUUAAGGCAAUUGCUGAGUCAUUUUUCAGAACGUACUCGACAAACAACAACUGUCAAGUUCGAUAGAAGACGAGCAGCCAUCGACUCAGAUUCCGAUUGA